UCCUGCUGUAUACAUUUGGGCAAAUGUAUUUCAAAUGAAAAAGGAAUGUGUUUGUAGUGUGUGCGCGUACAGAUAUUUUGCGUAUCAGCCUCACGCGAGUACAGUGCAAAGUGCAGUGAUUAUUACUGACACGUACCAGAUCGAUGUCAACCUCUUCAUUGUAUCUUUGCUUACUUUGUUUGGUGCGCUACCCCUUUCAGACGUUUAAUAAUUUUGUGACAUCUGACCAAUUUGAGAAUUGAAAUGUUCUUCAUCUACCAAUGUGAAUUAUACAAAAUAUUCGGAUAUAUAUUUUUGUUGAUCGAGUAUUUGAAUAAAAAAACAGGUUCAUGUUUGACCACUUACUUAAAUGACUGGCUUUGUACUUUUAUAUUCCAACGAUCGAAGGAAGCCAUACUUUGUUGUCAUUGUUUGUAGUUUCUUUUUUGUUUGUCGGAAGUUACUUAUCGUUAAAGGCCGAUUUAAUCCAUCAAUAUAAAGUUAGGGGCUACGUGAACGAACGUGUUAGGCAAUUUAUUUCGCUGUAUUGCGUCAUGUUUGCGCGCUAUUAAUGCAACCGGUGCCCGCAAUAUCGCCGUGACAACUGUGGAACUCCGCCAUUUUGACCUUACCGAAGGAUAUCUGCUAUCUGCUUGGUAGUGUGCGUGUCCGGGUAUACACGCGUUUCAACACGCGCUACCGUGUGGACGCAAUCCUUCACUAAUUCUAAGCAGACUAUUUCGUCAGAUUCUCGUUCAUUCAAUGAACGUGGAUAGAGGACGCUCACUGCUCAACUGCUCACGAGUUCCAGUACGGAGUUCCGCACCUGUCGAUACACCGCUGACCUCUCAUGUUCGAGUGAUCGAAAAUAAAAACGUAUUCCGGUCAGUCUUUCGGUGUAAAGAUGACGAUUUUGAAUCGCGCUCUCGUCUGAAUUAAUAUCUUUUGAGGAGGGAAACUGGGGGGCGAAAAAUUAAACAUAAAAGUGACCAAUUUGUCACCUACGAAGAUCUCCGUCCAAGGACCCAUCGAUAGCACGAAGCAACACUGCGUGGGCCCGCGCACAAGUGAUGAUAUUCCUAACCAAUAAUUAAUUAGUAAUUAUACACGCGUUUACAUUGUUAGAGGUUAUGAACGUUAAUAGAUCCGUUUAAAAAAAUCGAUAAUCGUCGCAGCUACCGCGUGGUAAUCUUGUGACGUGAAGUGUGUUCAAUGACUAUUCUCUUUUAUCGGUUCACCGACAAUAAUACGAAUUAUAAAACUGUUUUCAAAUACGGUAGUGAAGACACGAAGAAAUAAUAAUAAUAAUAAUAAUAAUAAUAAUAAUAAUAAUAAAAAAAGGCAGUAGUGUCGCGAGUGGUAAACAAGAGUGCACGUGUAAAUACGGCACAAUAUGAGAGUGACAGCCGCCGUUAGGCAGCAUCCUCUUCAUCUGCAAGUGACUCGUACCAACAAUGGAAAGUUUUUGGUCAGUCCGAACAGUAGUCAGGAUCUUAGUCAACAGCCAACGAGCGACGAAACAAAUUCAGUGCCGGCAGUUGUAUUUCCUAGUUAUGAACCGUUGCCAACCGAUCAUCACGGACCCACCAUACUCGGGGACCGGUAUCUACUUCUUGGUCCAGCUGAAGGCAGCGCGCUUUAUCGAUGCGUCGAUGUUCAUACCGGCAAACAGAUCGUCGCGAAGGCGUUGACCGUGGGCGACAAAGGUUGCGAGGCACUACUACAGGCUCACCUUCGAUUAGAAGGUACCGGGGCAGCGAGCGGUGUGGCAGGCGUGGUGGAAGCACCUGGAGGUCGACGCUAUCUGUUACUAGAGGGUCAUCACGGUGAUCUGCACGCCUAUGUUAGAGCACGCAGAAGGCUACGGGAACCGGAGGCGAGGCGGCUUUUCCGGCAAGCAGCUAGGGCCGUGGCUACGUGUCACGAGUACGGGGUUGUGCUAAGAGAUCUGAAACUCAGGAAAUUCGUAUUCGCCGACGAAUCAAGGACACGGCUUCGCUUGGAGAGUCUGGAGGACGCUGUAAUCGUAGAAGGGGACGACGACAAGUUAACCGAUCGAAGAGGUUGUCCAGCAUACGUGGCACCGGAAGUGUUACGCUCGGGAAGAGCUUACUCCGGUAAAGCAGCCGAUAUCUGGUCCUUAGGCGUUCUUCUCUACACUAUGCUGGUCGGUCGCUAUCCGUUCAAUGAUGCCGAACACGCAUCCCUGUUCGCAAAGAUCUCGCGUGGUCACUUCGCGGUCCCGGAAGGUCUUAGCCCACGAGCAAGAUGUCUGAUACGUUCGUUGUUGAGAAAGGAACCGUCCGAGAGACCGUACGCUGAAGACGUGCCGAGACAUCCGUGGCUCUCGAAACCUCUACGAGUGUGUACCACAUCUAGCAGCAACAACAACAGCAGCAGCAGCAGCGGCAGCAGAUCCUCGUGUCAGGAUCAAAUUGUACCAGAACUACCUAACAAUCCUCAAGACUGACUUUUCCAUGAAAAGAAAUAUAUUCCGCGCGCGAUGAGCCCAGUUUUACAUGUUAAUCCUCUAUUUGGACGAGAUCGAUUGUUUUUCUUUCUUCUCGUUACAUUCUAAAGACGGUUUUAGAAUGUAAGAAUCCGAUGUUUACGUUUUUGGUGGCAUAUGUGUUGGGGAAGGUCUAACGGUAUAAUCGUUAUAGUUGUGAAAAAAGAUUUAAUUUCAUUAUUUAACAGAAAUUCAAUAUCAAAGUUUUUUUUAUAUUUUAUUAGCAAAGUAUAUUUGUUUCAUUUACGGGCUAUGCUCAUAUGUCUGCUUUUAAAUAUCCAUUAAAUUACAAAAAGUUUCAAGGUUUGUUUUAAAUUUUAAGAAUUGUGUUUUUCCUUUCGAGUUAGAAAUAUGUAUACAUUUUAUCAAAAAUUACUUUUAUUUUAUACAUUUUUCUAUUAAAAAGAAUUUAGUGUAAUCUUCAAAAAGAAAUUAACGAUUAAACCCUUGAUCUUCACUGAUAGCUUGAUGAAAUGAAAGUGUCAUGUAUUGUAUUUGAUAUCUAUACAGAUUAUUUUGUGUUUCUGUGAAAGUAAAAUUAAAUGCAAAAUUAUCGAAUGUGUGUAUGUUGAACGCAUGUGUGAGACUUUUUUUUCCUUUAUAUUUUAUAACGUAAUUUUCUGUGCAUUAGAUGUGUUUAACUCGGUGCACAAUUCCUCGUAUCAUUUGAGUCAGGGUACAAUGGUAACAGCGUUUCACUGACGCUAAAAUGUGUAUAUAAAGACAGUUCACUGAAUUCUAAUGAAUCCUAAUAAACGUUAAUUAGGAGUAUUAAUAAAAGGUUCUGUACAUAGACAAAUAAAGUGACGUUUAUGGUACAUUAUUCCUCAACUAUUUACUCGUCGAUUUAAAUUUC